UAUGACUCUCUCUCUCUUACACAGACAAGAGAAGAACCCAAAAAAAAAAAAAAGAUUUUAAUGAGAAAUAUUAAUUCAAAAGAUUCGGCAACAUAAUCCUUGAAAGGGUUUGGUGAGAACCGGCGGUGGAUCCGACGGAGAUGGCAAAGACCGGAUUUUUCGAUUCGGAUCCAACGGAAAUUGCUAGAGCAAAGGAACUAAAGCGUGAAAUGAAGAAACUUCUAAGUAACAUCGAGGAAGAGGAUGGUUUAAGCGUUCAGACAAUCGAUCAUUUACAGGAGGCUUUGUCUGCUUUCAGACAAGCGACGAUGAGGAAGAUGGCGAAAUCUUCUUCGUUAGAGAUGAUAGAGACGGUGUCUGUUCCUGAUGAGUUUCGUUGUCCUCUCUCCAACGUGCUCAUGCGUGAUCCCGUCAUUAUAGCUUCUGGCCAGACAUACGACAAGUUAUACAUCCAGAGAUGGUUGAGUUCAGGAAACAGAACAUGUCCUAAGACACAAGUAGUUCUGCCACACGCAGCUUUAAUACCCAAUGUCUUAAUCCAUGAUAUGAUCUCUAAAUGGUGCAAGACCGUUGGAUUAGAGACUAAAAAUCAAUAUGAGUCCAAAAAAGCUGUCACUAGAUCAGAUCGUGAGGUCUUCAAUUCUUUGCUCUGUAAAGUCUCGUCUUCUUCGAACUUGCAAGAUCAAAGAUCAGCUGCAAAGGAGCUAAGACUUUUGACCAAGAAAGGAACCGAGUUUCGAGCUCUUUUCGGUGAAUCUUCUGAAGGAAUCACCCGUUUAGUGAGUCCGUUGUUGUUACAUGACUCUAGCUUGAACCAAGAUGAGCAUCAUCUUCAAGAAGACGUGGUCACAACGUUGUUAAACAUUUCCAUACAUGAUGACAACAACAAGAAGCUCGUCUGUGAAAACUCUAACGUGAUUCCUCUCCUGAUUGAUGCAUUGAGGCGUGGAACUGUACCCACGAGAAGCAAUGCAGCUGCAGCUAUCUUCACUCUAUCAGCUCUUGAUUCCAACAAAGUACUCAUAGGGAAAUCUGGAAUCUUGAAACCGCUUAUCGAUCUUUUAGAAAAAGGGAAUCCAUUAGCUAUCAAAGACGUAUCUGCAGCUAUCUUUAAUCUAUGUAUUGCUCAUGAGAACAGGAGUAGAGCUGUGAAGGAUGGAGCUGUUAGGGUUUUAGGUAAGAAAAUCUCUGAAGGGUUGUAUGUGGAUGAGCUUUUAGCUAUAUUAGCAAUGCUUGUUACUCACUGGAAGGCUGUGGAGGAACUGGGUGAGCUUGGUGGGGUGUCUUGGUUGCUGAAGAUAACUAGAGAGAGUGAAUGCAAAAGAAACAAAGAGAAUGCGAUUGUGAUACUGCAUACUAUAUGUUUUAGUGACAGGACAAAGUGGAAGGAGAUCAGAGAAGAGGAGAGUAGUUAUGGGACGGUGACAAGGCUUGCGCGUGAAGGAACGUCUAGGGCACAGAGGAAAGCGAAUGGGAUCUUGGAUAGGUUGAGAAAAGCUAUGAAUCUUACUCACACUGCCUGA